AUGUCACACCCGGAAGAAAUGGACGACGACCUCCUCGACGUCGAAGACGCCGCUGAAGAGAUUGAAAACUCGGGCGACGACAUCGCCAUGGACUCGGACGCUGAAGACGAAGAAGAAGAGGUGCUACUGCAAAACGACUCCAUCGCCUACUUCGACCUCCCGCAAGACUCCCUCUUCACCAUCGCCCAACACCCCUUGCACCCAUCGCUCGUUGCCGUCGGCGGCUCUGCAGGACCUGAAGACGACGCCCCCGGCGCAGGAUGGCUCUUCGACACAUCCGCCGCCGCAUCACGGCCCGUCCUGCCCGCCAGCUACGCCAGCAACCCUGCCGAGACACCAAAGAGCACACAGCUCGACAGCCUGUUUGCCCUCGAGGGCCACACCGACUCCAUCAACACGCUCGCAUGGACGCUGCCCCGCGGCGAAUUCCUCGUCAGCGGCGGGCUAGACGGCCGCAUGAAGGUCUGGAAGGCGGACGUGCGCCCGGGCACCGUGGACAUGAAGCUCGUAGGCGAGGCGCAGGAAGUCGAGGAGGUCAACUGGAUCUCGGCGUGUCCCUCGCCAAACCACCCAAACACCAUUGCGCUCGGCGCAUCCGACGGCUCAGUAUGGGUGUACACAAUCGACGCCGGCGACGCCUCGAACCCGCUCCAAAUCGUGCAGAGCUACUUCCUCCACACGGCGCCCUGCACCGCCGGCGCCUGGACGCCAGACGGACACCUCCUGGCGACGGUGUCGGAGGACUCGUCCCUCUACGUCUGGGACGUCUGGGGCGAGGCGGCCGCGCGCAACAUCACGAGCGAAAACGGCAUGACGGUGGUGUCCCUGACGGGCGAGGACCAGCGCUUCGAGGUCGAGGGCGGCCUGUACUCCAUCGCCAUCGACCCCAGGGGGUCCUUUGUCGCGGCCGGCGGCGCAGGCGGCGCCGUCAAGGUCGUCUCGCUGCCGCGCCUGUCGCCCGCGUCGUCCCAGCAGCGAGGCAAGUCGCCCGCCGACGCCACGGCCGGCGGGCAGAUCCUGGCGUCGCUGCACACGCAGGGCGACAGCGUCGAGUCGCUCGCGGUGUCGCUGCGGGGCGACCCCGCCGACGACGCUGCUGGCGGCCGGCUCCGUCGACGGGUCCAUCUGCGUGUACGACGCGACCCGGCGCUUUGCUGUGCGGCGCCACAUUGCCGGCGCGCACGAGGACCACUCCGUCGUCAGGCUGGAGUUUGUCAAGAACACGUGGCUGCUGACGAGCUGCGGCAUGGACGGCGUCGUCCGCCGAUGGGAUUUGAGAAGCGGCGGCGCCACGGGCACGACUGCGGCCGGCGCCACGGACAGAGGCCUUGCCAAGGAGUGGAAGGGCCACAGGGGCGAUGGCGAGGGCGGCGGCGUGCUUGGCUUCGUGCAGGGCGAGACGGGCGAGAGGGUUGUCACGGCGGGUGA